AUGACUUAAUAAAUAGAUAGUCUAUUUUUUAAAAGCCAGUUAUUUAUAACAGAAAUAUGUGAACCACUAAAUAUUUUAGAAUUUUUAGAUGAUUAAGUUAAGUAAAGUUUGAGUUAUUCUUAAAAACCAGAAAAUUUAGAAUAAUCAAAUCAAUGCAAUAUAAAAGACAAUUAACAUAAAAGUAGGCAUUAAUUUUAACAAUCUAGUUUAUAGUAAUCAGAGAAAUUAAAUAAAACCCAUAUGGAUCUGGAUGGGCUAAUAACAUUCUAGAAAAAUAAUUCGGAGUUUACUUAUCUUAAAUAUCACAAAAAAAUAGGCCGAAGUGGAUUAUAAAAAAAUUGAAACAUGCUGAAAGUCACGAUAAUAAAAAAUAAAAGAAUUCGCGAAGGAUUAUUGUAUUUAAAAAUGCUUUACUUUAAGGAUAUAAAAUCUGAAGAAAAAUUAAAACGAUAAAAUGCUUUUAAAUCAAAUAAUAGAAGAAUUGAUAAAAUAGUUUAAGAUUAUCGACAAUCCUUUAAUGGGUUAAGACAACCUUUACCUAGCUGUAAUGUCAAUUUUUUUGUAAAAUUGGAUUAGUACAAUUUAUGA